GUUUUUGUUGGUGCGCGCUCCUAUAAACACCGUCACAAUUCACCAAAAUUUCGGAAGAUGAUGAUGGAACUGCAUGGCUUUUUUGAGAAAAUAAGUGUCCUGGUCUUCUUCCUUGCCUCCACAAGUAUAAAUCGCUUAUUCCUUUGCUUUACGCUAUGGACGUCCAAAUGACUGAGGCCGCAGCUCCCAUGUCAGUCGAUGUGUUGCACCUCAUUAACGAGGAAAGACAAACCUAUGGUCUUCGACAUCAAGAUUAUCAACGUUACCGUGAACACGUUACGAACCGAGUGCGUCGCCUUCGUCAAACUUUGAAGCUCACGCAGCCCAACAAUAAGAAAAACUAUCAAAAGAAAGAACUUCCCGACGAAUUUUCGGAUCCACGUUAUCUUCAUCUGUAUAUUUUCGAUACCGAACGGGCAUGGGCUUACGCCAUGGAAAUUAAGCAAGAGUCAACGACAAGCAUGAACCUGAGAAAACGUCAUCACUUGACGAAACGCUUGAAACGAGCCAGUCAAUACGCGGAAACUCUGUACAAGGAAUGUGAAAAGCAGACUGUCGACAGCCGAACCGUCUUGGAUGCUAAAGCCUACGCUGCCACCAUGAAAGGUUAUCUUCUUUUCGAACAACAGCAGUGGCAAGAAGCUUUGGACCAGUUUGUUUCUGCUAGAACCAUUUACGAACGUUUUGCGCAAGCCAUUGAAAAUGCCCAUCAGGAGGCUUUGUGCUAUUCUGCUAUUGAUGCUAUUGAUCCAAACAUUCGUUUCUGCGCAUACAAACUUCAACUAGACGAAGGAAACUCGGCGCAUAACAUUGAUGAAAUUGUCGAUAGUCUGCGAAAGAAGAAUGCGGCGGGCAUGGCGUUAUUGGAAGCACAGCUGGAAAAGGUGACCCAAGAGAAUCGCAUGGAACGUACAAGAUCGCUUUCCAAGAUCACUUGGCGAGGACAUACAUUUUCUGCCAAUGAAGCCGUUGCUGAUGCUAUUGCCAAGGCGAUGGAGUCUUCGGGCCGCGAGGAAACUUCCUUUGAUCAGGUAUUGGCUGAUUGGGCUGACGCCGAAAAAUUGGUCAAGAAGUCGUUGAAGGAAAGCAAAGACGCUAUUGCCAAGGUUUCUUCGUCCAAAUCUGCCGAAGCCAUGCAAUCCUACGAAUUAUUGUAUAGCUAUGUAUCCUACAAUUUAUAUGCACGAUCCAUUCAACGAAACCUGCAACUGGCCUCAGAAGUCGAAGCCCGUCAGGGUAAGCCGCAAGAGUUGGUCAAGCUGUAUGAUGAUAUCUUGAAGAAUGUGGAUUCUAUAAGAGAUCUGCCCUUGAUGAGAGAUGACAACCAACUGGAAUGGGAACUGGAGAUUCUCUCUUAUUAUUACAAAUCAGCCAGAUGUGUGUAUAUUGCAUGGGCUUAUGUGGAUACAGCGAAAACGGCCGAGGCGUUGGCUCUGUAUCAGCGAGCGCAAACCUAUGUGGUUCAAGCAAAGCAAAUGAUGCAAAAGGGUAGCUUUUCGGAGGAUGCAUUGCUGUCAGUCAGCGAGGAUGAUUUGCAAAAAGCCGAGCACCAAAUCCGAACGGGUAUAUGGAAGGCACGUGCUACAUGGUAUUUGGAACAUGGUGUGGCAUCUGACGGAUCCAACCAAGAAGAAAUUUCAAGCAAAAUGAAUGAAUUACGCUUGGACGCGGGCAACCGAGUACCGUUGAUCGAACGAUUAAACGUAUAUCCAUCGACUCUCGUCGACGCCGAGAAGCAAACUCCUUACCUUGUGGAUUUCCCUCCCGCCUUCGAACCUGUUGCUUGCAAACCGUUUUACUUUGAUUUGGCCAGCAAUUAUGUUAAAUUCCCCGAUGCAUUGAGCGAACGUGUGGAGAAGCCAUCGAGCGGUCUCUGGAGUUACUUUGGUUUUGGAGGAAAAUAGAAGCAAUGGAAUAAAUCAUAUAAUCUAAACGUCAUGUAAACCCUUGUUGAUAUUGUUGUCUCUGAAUAUAAGAUUUCAACAGCUGAAAAGGUUUUGAGGUGAGGCAUGAAUAAACCAAAAAGCCAAAAAGAUAGUGGCGGCGUCAUAAAAAUCAGCCUGUUAGGCGCGAAAAGCAAAUUAAUGCAGCGAUGAACCAAGUCGGAAGCUGACGUGACAAAGAUUUAGGUAAAAAGGCACCCAUUCAUCCACUUGUAGGCGAAUGCUGUGAACUUGUUCACGAUAGUGGCAAUCAUCCGCUAUCCAACUAAACUCUCCAUGUCACACCAUUUGCACGUCACCGCCGUGACACUAGCUUCUUUACAGAGCAAAACG